AUUUUUGUGUGUGUGUGUGUGUGUGGACUCUUUUUGUUAGCAUUUGCUACCAGUCUUUUGCAAGAUUACACAGCGCCCUUCACGACAAAGCUCCAAAUUAUCGUCAACGGCACAAAUGGAGAAUAUACAGCACGCAAUAGUGCCCACAAAUGGCAUAAAAAUGCACAUAGCAUCUAUAGGAACCGGCCCUGUGAUUCUCUUUCUACACGGCUUCCCUGAGCUCUGGUACACCUGGCGCCACCAGCUCCUCUCCCUCUCCUCCCUUGGCUACCGUUGCAUCGCCCCCGACCUUCGCGGCUACGGCGACACCGAUGCUCCUCCUUCCUUCACUCAGUACACUGUACUCCACAUCGUCGGCGACCUUGUUGGGUUGCUUGACUAUCUGGGUAUUGAUCAGGUGUUUCUUGUGGGUCAUGACUGGGGUGCGUCAAUGGCUUGGUAUUUUUGCUUGUUUAGGCCUGAUAGAAUCAAGGCCUUGGUUAAUACCAGCGUCGUAUUCUCGCCCAGAAACCCUCACGUGAAGCCCGUGGAAAGAUUUAGACAAGUAUUAGGCGAUGAUUUCUACAUGUGCAGGUUUCAGGAACCAGGUGAGAUUGAAGAUGACUUUUCCCAAGCUGGUACUGAAAAAAUAAUAAGAAGAUUUCUUACAUCUCGGAAUCCAAAGCCACCUUGUGUGCCUAAAGAAAUAGGAUUCAGAGGUUUACCUGACCCUCCAAGUUUGCCGCCUUGGCUGUCAGAAGAGGAUAUCAAUUAUUAUGUCAGCAAAUUUAACCAGAAAGGCUUCACUGGAGGGUUGAACUACUAUCGAUGUUUGGAUCUAAACUGGGAGUUGACAGCACCUUGGACUGGGUUACAAAUUAAAGUACCAGUUAAGUUUAUUGUGGGCGACCUGGACAUUACCUAUCACUUCCCAGGAGUCAAGGAAUUUAUUCACAAUGGAGGUUUGAAGAAGUAUGUCCCUUUCUUGCAAGAAGUAGUUGUAAUGGAAGGAGUAGCUCACUUCCUCACCGAAGAAAAGCCAGAGGAAAUCAGUGCACAUAUUUACGACUUUAUCGAGAAAUUUUAAACUGGCAAUAAAGUGCCUAAAAAAGGCUCCAUAGUGGUUGGACUUGGACCCCAUCUCAGCUCUUGGUGGCAUCCACUGUGUUCUAUUACUUUCCUGGCAGUUUAUUGUCCUUUUCUCAUCUUUACAAGAAAUAAACACUCAUCUUUGGACCAGAAUUGAGAUUUGAGAUAAGUUUAAAUGGUAUAUCUCAUAAAGAGAGAUCUUAUUGUAGAA